AUGCAACCGACAGAGCAACGAUAUCCGAAGAUAGAACAACUCGCCUUGGCACUAAUAAUCACAGCAAGAAGAUUAAGACACUACUUCCAGAGCCACACAAUCAUAGUAAGGACAAACCAACCAUUAAGGCAAAUAUUGACAAAACCAGAGCUGGCCGGACGCCUCACCAAAUGGUCCAUCGAACUUUCAGAAUUCGACAUCCAAUUCCAACCCAGGUCGGCCUUAAAAGCACAAGUGUUGGCCGACUUUAUCUCGGAAAUAACAACCGAUGAACAAGACAAGUCUUGGGAACUACACGUGGACGGAGCAUCAAGCCGAGAAGGAAGCGGAGCAGGAAUAAUCCUCAAAGAAGAAGACAAAGUAAUAGCCGAACAUGAACUCCAAUUCCACUUCCCGGCAAGCAACAACCAGGCCGAAUAUGAAGCCCUCAUUGCAGGACUCAAGCUUGCCCUGAGCUUCCAAGUACAGAGCUUGACAACACAUUGCGACUCCCUCCUCGUGGUCCAACAAAUCCGAGGAGAAUUUCAGGUAAAAGAUCCGUUGCUCGAGCAAUACUGGCUCGUAGCGAAGGAUCUCAUUUCAAAAUUCAAUUCAUUUAGCAUACUGCAUGUUAAUAGAGGAAAAAAUGUGAGAGCAUAUAUACUAUCCAAGCUCGCAGCCACUAGGGCAGGCACACAAACAUCCGCAUUAACACAACUCUCACUUAAAAAACCAAGCACCGAACUAUUAAAUGUGAUAAAUAUUAACCACCUCCAUGACUGGAGAGCUCCUUUCCUUGAAUAUAUUAGUACAGGCGCCAUACCAAGACACGAGCUCAAACCACAACAUUUCAAGCGAAAGGCUAGUCUUUACACAAACAUAGGAGGAAAACUCUAUAGACGAGGAUUCUCACAACCACUGCUGAAAUGCCUAAGCAAAGAUGAAGCAAAAGAAGUAAUGGACGAAGUCCACGAGGGAGUCUGUGAAAACCACAUCGGAGGACGAGCACUUGCAGCUAAGAUCGUCCGAACAGGGUAUUACUGGCCAACCGUAAAAAGGGAUUGCAUAGCAAAAGUCAAAGCAUGUGACAACUGUCAGAAACACGCAGCUAUAUCUACCAAGCCAGCCGAGCUAUUACAUAGCAUGGAAGCAAUAAAGAAAAAACUAAAUGACGCUAAGGGAGAAUGGGCGGAGCUGAUCCCAGAAAUAUUAUGGGGCUACAACACAACAAUACAGACCACCACGGGCGAAACACCUUUUAAACUAGUCUAUGGGUCCGAGGCACUGAUUCCUAUUGAGGUCGGCAUUCCCACCCUGAGAACCGAGCUAUACAACGAGCAGCACAACUUGCAUGCAAGGAAUGCCGAGCUUGAUCUAGCCGAAGAAACCAGAGAGCUAGCAGCCAUUAGACAAAGAGCAAUAAAACAAAUAACAGAAAAGAAACAUAACAAAAGAGUAUCACUGAGGACAUUUACAGAAGGCGACUUAGUGCUCAGACGAACAGAAGAAGCCAGAUGUCCCCCAACCCAUGGGAAGCUCGCCGCUAACUGGGAAGGCCCGUUCCGAGUAGUAAAGGUGCUCGGCAUGGGGGCUUAUCAAUUACAAACAUUACAAGGCAACCCAAUAUCCGGGACCUGGAAUAUCUCCUCUUUAAAGAUAUACCAAUCUUAG